AUGUCUUUCUUCAAGAAGCUAGUACGUUCAACGGCGCCUGAUACUAAAGCCGGCACCGAACUACUAAAGGGCAAUGAAGAUGCCCAGAAUGCCCCUCCCCACCCACCAACAGAUGAAAUGUUCUCAACGGCCGGAGAUUAUGGUCUUCAAACAUUAUCCGAAAACGCUGGUGACAUUAUCGACAUUAUUUUCGUCCACGGCCUAACCGGCAAUCGCGAAUCCACUUGGACCGAAAAGACCGCCAAGGUAUUCUGGCCCAAGGAUCUACUCGCAAAAGAUCUCCCGAAGGCGCGAAUCAUCACGUUUGGCUAUGAUGCCGACAUUAUUCGAGGAUUGAGCACAGCCGGAAAUGGCACACUGAGAGACCAUGGGAAAGCUUUGGCAGAAGAUCUGGCCAUACGGAGGAAGAGGACAGAUUCUGCACUUCUUGUCUCCCGCGGCUCGGCUCAGCAGCAUGUUAAGGACUUGCUUGAAAGCACCGUGGCGAUUGCGUUCAUGGGCACUCCACACCUGGGGUCGAAUAUUGCAGACUGGGGACACCCAAUCUCGAAACUCUCAAAUCUACUGCGCAAGACAAACUCUGAGGUUAUAGGAGUCUUGCAGCCAGGCUCUGAGAUGCUCGCCGCGGUGCAACAAGAAUUUUAUACAAUGCUUGACGACCGGAGUAGGAACGAUAGUAAAUAUAUCAACAUCUUUUGCUUUUAUGAGGAAGUUGGAUAUACUGGGCUUGGCGAGAUAGUACCGAAGCAAUCGGCAAUUCUCACGGCGUAUCCAAACAAUGGCAUUCAUGCAACGCACACGGGGAUGACAAAGUUCAAGACUGCCAUGGACGCUGGCUAUGUUCGAGUACAUGAUCAGCUUUGGCUUUGGUAUAAUGCGGUUGAAGAGAGUCAAGAUGCAUGGAAGGAAAAGAAGGAUGUCGCGAAAAGACAACAGCGCCUUCUUCAGCCUGUUAGUGUCGCUGAGAGCGAUCGAGGAGGGACUCCAUACCGCGGCCCUGUAUUCAAUGGUCCCAUCUAUGGUCGCAAUGUGACAUCUGGAACGCAAGUCACUGGCGGUACGGCCAACUUCAAUUUCUCUUGA